AUGCUUGCCACAACAUUCCUUCUCUUGCUUGCUCAAGGCCUCAUCCAGUACCCGCAGCAGGCCGGGGACGGGCUGGAUGAGGCCACACGGGAGCGCAUGCAGCAGCGUGCUGAGUAUCUGAACCAGCAGAUGGCUCAGCUGCUUGAGGAGCUGGAGCAGAAGAACCUGGAGCAGAGUGGUGGGGCCUGGGGAGCCCUGCUCCUGUGGCAGUUCUGGGCCAUGGCUGGAAUCCUUGUCCUUCUCUUGGCACUGUGGUUUGGACUCGGGAAAAUUAGACGUGAUCCAAGCAGUGGCCACAAGGAGAGGUCCAGCAGAAACUUGGGAGACAGCAUUGCAGGAAAUGAAGCCAAAGGAGGCAAUGAUGAUGCAAAGGAAGAAGUAAACCAUGGUGAGAAGGGCGAGGAAACCAAUGCUGCCAGAAAUGAAGAAGACAAGCACGACGCAAACGAAGAAGACAAUGACCACAAUAUCAAAGGGAACCUUGGAGGCCUUUUAGAGGUGCGCAUCCAGUUGCCUGUUCUGGAUCUGGACAAACUUGCUGAUAAUGGACCUGAUGUGCCACAACAAGCCAUCGAAGGCUGGAGUCCCCACACACAAGAUGCUGUGUACCAUGUGUUUGUACCCCUGAGUCCUCCUCCAGGACAUGCCUUCCACCUGGAGCUGGACACCGCAGGGACACUCCAGAGGAACUUCUGUGUCUGUGCAGAGCUGCUGUGCACUUGCACGAGGGAGCAGCUGGGGGAGGGCAUGCUAUGUUUCCUCCACCACUCCGAGGAGGAGCUGAGAAGGAAGCAGGACCCCAGCCUCCUGCAAACCCUCUGCACUGGCUCCUAUCUGGAUGUGGAGAAAACUUUCCACUGGUUCUACAGAUUUGUGCGAGCAGCCUGGCUGCUUUUGCCUCAAUCCUGCCACUGGCAUUUAAUGUUGCAGCCUUGCAGUCGCUCCUGUAAAUUUCAGAUCAGCAAAGACAAGGAAAGCUUCAUGGUAGAGAUGGUGCUUGGAGUGCAGCAAGGAGACACAGAUGUCUUUGUGGGCAGCAGCCUACAGAAGUAG